AUGGAUCAGGCCUCCUGGAUGGGCAACCUCCGCAUGUUCAUGCACCCAGGGGACUCACAACAGCCUGUGGUGGUGAUGCCUGCCCUCGGCAUGGCUGCUGGUGAUUCAAAUUUUUCACGCGUCAUGUUCUUGCAGCACCCAUCUCAGCUAGCGUUCGUGCAGCAGCAACAGCAACAGCAUUCGCAGCAGCAGCAGCAGCAGCAGCAGCAGCAGCAGCAGCAGCAGCACCUGCCCCACCGACACCAGUACCAGUACCAGCAGCAACAGCAGCAGCAGCAGUAUCAGCACCAACACCAGCAGCAGCAGUAUCAACAGCAGCAGCAGCAGCAACAGCAGCAGCAGCACCACCACCACCACUUCGGGCAACAGCUGCAGCAGCAACAACAACAAUUCCAUCGCCAGCAGUACCAUCAGCCAGCACAGCUUGCGCAACAAAUGCAGCAGAUGUCCUUCAGCGAUGUGUCUUCCGGCACCAUGCAGUCGACGACAAGCACUGAGCAUUCUGGACGAUCCACGGCGAGCUUUGGUGUUGUAGGCCAGGCCAUGCCUCCUGUGCCAGCCCAGCACCAGGCACAGCCCCACUCACAACACACGCCCACGACGCUGUCCACGGAGGUUCGGCCGUACUUUCCACAGGACCAUGCAUUGCCGUACCGGCCAGCCCAGGAAGACGCGUUUUCUGCAGGCUUCUCUCACUCUGUCAUCGGCAGCAACAGCCACACCACAACCACUGCCGUCAGCACCAACGCCAACAGCGGCAGCCAUCUCCAUCACGAUGGCCAUGGCAUCAACAACAUCAGCCACAACCACGGCAGCAACAGCGAGAACCAUGGGCACUUUGGUGGAGCAGCCAUGUUGCCUCGCGUGCCUGAUCUUCCCACCAACUCCAUGCCCUCUGCCGCUGACACACCGCAGCGCCCUGCCUCCACCGACGGGUUUGCUAGCAGGCUGAACCAAUACGACCUGUCUGCUCUGUUUCCAUCGUCCAAGGUGGAAGGCACGGGUGCUUUUGGGUCGCCACGGCACCUGCCCACCACGACGUCUGACGACUACUCUGCCAACGGCGGUGGUGUGAACACGACAAUGGCGGCACCCGCCACUCAGCACACGGCUGAUGCAAUGUACGGCCUCUCUGGUCUCACCGCAACCGCGUUCUCUUCAGACAACGUGACUGCCUUCAUGAACGACCUGCAUCCGUUUGACUCCCAGCACGACGACGUCGACGAUCUUGCCUUUGUUUCCACUCACCAGUUGGUGGCCGACGUCCUGGACGACAACGAGCAGCCUGAACACCUCUUCGAGCAGCUCCAGCACCACCAUUAUGAGCAGCAGGCUGAGCAACAGCAGCAGAACCCACAGCAGCACGGAGAGCAGAAUCAGCAGGCUGAACAACAGCAGCGGGACGAAGAGCAAGAGCAGUCGCGCAAAGACUAUGCUACCAAGGUCCUUCGGGCUUGCUACGACGGCGACAUUAGCGUUGUGGAGGACGCGUGCCGCGACCCAAGCUUCGUGCGGCAAAUUGUUGACGCUGAUGGUGCCACCCCUCUCCUCUUUGCCGUCAGCAAGAGGCACUAUACCAUGGUGGAAAUGCUGCUGGCGGCCGGAGUCGAUCCAGAACAGAAGCACUCCAACAGCCUGACGCCAUAUGAAGUGGCCAUGGGUUCAGGAGACCCAAAGCUGAUCAGCAUCUUUGAGGAGAACGCUAAGCAGUGA